CACUCCCGCCCAUUCAUGUCCAAUCUAUCAGCCCAGCUCUGCCCUUUUGGCUCCGUAUGUGCUUCUUACGGUUAACCUCGUGUCAAAAUUACGUAAAUGACGGAUCUACGUAUAAGAAGUUGAGGAAAUUAACGUGUAGAACUUCCCCCGGGUCUUAACGUCACCCGGUGCAUCACAAGGGAUUAUUGAACUGAAAAUGAAUAAGGAAGAGCUGUAUUAACCGGGGAGGAGAUAAGGAAAGGGAUUUUUUUUUCUUCCAACCUACACUUUUAAAGCUUAACAUCAAAAAAUUGUACAACAGCGAUUACGAUCCUCAAAUCGAAAGUGAAGUUUUGAAUCGUGACAAUUGUGUUCGUGUUUCUUGUAGAAGGCCAUCAUCCAAAAACAACGUAGAAUAACAUCAAAAAACUACUGGCUAAAUGACCAACAUGCUCAAUAGGCACACAUUGGGUUUUUUGAAGAUUCAAAGGUGUACAUAUAAAACCAGAUGUGUCGAGAAGAAAAGGUUCAGAGUUCUUCCGAGACUCUCUCCGCUCAGCCUGAAAAUUUUGGCCGGAGCUACGGCGGUUGGCUGUGGAUACUACAUGCUUAAAACCGAUAAGGAAAAAAGGGCAAUUAAAGUUACGUUUGGCGGCAUAACAAGAUUUUUCAGAUCUUCAUUUAUUGCCACACAGAUAGCAGUAGAUUAUUAUUGGACGCUGUUUAGAGUUCCAGAGGAUUCUGAAUCCUAUUAUAAAAUUUUAUCAGAAAUCCAUAAAAGAUCUGCCGAACGGAUUUUAAACGGCUGUUUGAAAAAUGGCGGUCUUUAUAUUAAACUCGGUCAGGGGCUCAUCAUUAUGGAUCAUUUGCUGCCAAAAGAAUACAUCCAGGGGCUUAUUCCUUUACAAGAUAAAUGCCUAGUCCGAAAUUUUUCCGAGGUUGAACAGUUGUUCAAGGAAGAUUUUGGUAAGGAUGUAAGCGAAUUGUUUACCGAAUUCAACAAAGAGCCGAUCGCUGCUGCCAGCUUAGCUCAGGUGUUCAAAGCUAAAUUGAAGACUGGUGAAGAAGUUGCUGUUAAAACCCAGUAUAUCGACUUGCAAGACAGAUUCAUCGGCGAUAUGAUGACGCUUAAGAUCUUAUUAGCAAUGGCUGCUAAAAUUUACCCAGACUUUGACUUUGGCUGGGUGCUCAAUGAGUUGAAAGGUACGUUAUCAAAAGAACUGAAUUUUUUAAAUGAAGCAAAAAAUGCUGAAAAAUGCGCCAAAGAUUUGAGCCAUUUACCUUUUGUCUACAUACCUAAAGUCUAUUGGGACUAUAGCUCAUCGAGGGUUUUAACCACUGAAAUGAUUGAUGGGGAGAAAAUCAGCAACAAAAAGGGCCUAAAGAAAAGAGGAUUAUCAUUGGCUGAUAUAGAUAGAAAAUUAUUUAAAACAUUUUCUGAACAAAUUUUUUAUACUGGUUUUGUUCAUGCAGACCCACAUUCUGGCAAUAUUUUAGUUAGAAAAGGUACAGAAGGAGCACAACUUGUCAUACUCGAUCAUGGCCUUUAUGAAGAUGUGCCUCCAGAAAUAAGUGAAUCUUUAAGAAAUCUUUGGAAAGCAAUGGUGCUAAACAACCAUCCAGAUAUGAAAAAAUAUGCCAUGGAGCUGGGAAUUAAAGAAGCCGAUUACCGCAUAUUCUGCAUUGCUCUUGGUCAACGUUAUAUCCCUGCUGCAAACACGACCUCAGGCGAUUCAGACAUAGUCCGCAGCCUCUUUUCCCCUCAGCAAAUCAAAAAGAAAAUGUUAAAAAUGACUAAGGAAGAAAAAAUGCAAUUGGAACGAGAAGUAACUGCCCUGAGGAGUAGAAGCUUUCGAAUUUUUAAAGAUAUGCCACAUAAACUUAUGCUCGUCACUAGAAAUAUUAACACGAUAAGGUCCAUCGCAAGAGAUCACGGCGACCCGAUUAACAGAUACAAAGAGAUGGCGAGAUGUGCUUCUUACGGCACUUUCGAGAAGAGAAGUGGUUCUGGGCCAAUAGCUUACUUCCAAUAUUGGAAAGAAAGAACAGAUUUUGAAUUUAAAUUGUGGUGGGGUGGUGUAAAGAAUUGGGUAUUUGGAAUAAUGAUAAAGAUACUGACGUUGGGAAUUUCAGAUGGACAAGGUGCCAAGUUGAAUGUUAGUUAAUGUUUUAUAUUAGACUGUAAUAAUAAAUUAUAUAAUAUACUUGUACAGCUCACAAAACAAA